AUGUACUCUGAAAAUUAUGGUGCUAUACUGGAAGAACUCCAGAAGUACCUUGACAAGUGUGGAGGGACUCUCACCUUACCCACCCUGGCCAGGAUAGAGGCCAAACUGGCCGAGAAGUUCCAGUUUCAGGACUUCAUGUCCAUGGGCCACGGUAGCUUCAUCACAUUCUUAAGUCACCAUCCACAGGUCCUGGAGGACUUUGGAGGCAGCCUGCUGGGGACUGGAGUAAGCACAGGGGGUGGAGGGAGUGCCUACCACCCCUCACGACAAGACGUCUUGGAGUUCAUCAGACAGUACGGGAGCAUCCAAACAGAUAUGACACCAUCCAUUGAAGCAGCCCUCUGCCACCACUAUGGGGUGAGAGAAGUGAAGGACCUGGGCUACGGGCCCCUCCCCAAACUCAUGACCACUGCACAGAAGUUCACCCAAGGAAACAGUCCAGUCAUGUAUGAAGGACCUCUCUGUCCAAAGACCACAAGCUUCCCCUCCAGUCAGAAGACGGUAGGAUUGCUGGGCAGCAGGACAGUAGACCAGGCUCUGAUGUGCCUGCUGAGUGCACCCCUGCUGGAAGACCUGGAGAAGUGGUCUCACUGGUCGCUGGUGUUCCAACCCCAACAUGGAGACCUCAAGGCCUUCAUAGAGAGGAAUUCAGAGACUGUCAUCUCUCCUGGUGAGACUCUACUUUACUAA